AUGCCGGUCGAUGCGCUGGGCCGCAACAUCAACGCGACGGACCCGACCGCGGUCCUGCUCAACAACACCUACUCUCUGGGCGUUAGGCAGCAGCGGAAGCUGGCCAUGGCCGACAUGGUCAACGUGGCCGGCAAUCGCGUGUCGCCCACGUACGACUCGCUGAUGUCGGCCAUCAACGACUACAGCGCCAAUCCCACCAUCACCGAUCUCUCCCUCGGCACGGGAGAGAACAGCUGGCCGAUGGCCAACAUGCACAGCUUCGUC